AUGGACGAUGUUAGCGUAUUGAUCGCGCGACGCGGUCAAAUAAAAGCCGUCUUAACGCGAUUUCAAAGUUACAUCGGGUCAUCUGAAUACGAUAUAAAUCAAAUCGUACUGCGGCGUAAGAAGGUCGAAGAUGCAUGGGAUAAUUUUGAACGUGUACAGGCGAAAAUUGAAGAGUUGGAUAGUGCAAAUGGUACAGAUAAUUCAGGAUAUAGAGAAGAAUUCGAAAAUGCGUAUUUUGAGGUGAUCGCGAAAGCCGAGCAAAUGACGAAUUCCGCUAGUUCGAGCUUCGGAAUAAAUACGAACGAACAAAGGGAAGGAUCCCCGCAAACAUCCUCGUGUGUAGGGAGCAUCCAGUCGGCGUCGUCAUCGAUAAAGCUGGCAGCGCUAAAUAUACCGGUUUUCAGCGGUGAUUACGCAGAGUGGACGUCGUUUCACGAUAUUUUUGUUGCGCUUAUCCAUACGAAUAUUAACUUAUCACCGAUACAAAAAUUUUUCUAUUUACGUUCCUCUUUAACCAACGAACCUGCAAAUUGUAUUAAGAAUCUCGAAACAACAGCCAAUAAUUAUGAGCACGCUUGGAAAACGUUAAUAACAAGAUAUAGAAACGAAAAAUUAUUAGUUCAGUCUCACGUCAAGGGGAUAUGUGAGUUAGGUGACGUAAAAGAAAAUUCGUCGAACAGUUUAAGGCAAUUUUCCGACACGCUACGUGGUCAUAUAUCUGCUUUAGAAGCGCUGAAACAGCAGCCAUGUGACUGGGGCCCAUUGCUCGCACAUAUUAUUUGUACGAAAUUGGAUGCUAUCACUUUAAGUGAAUGGGAAACGAAGUCCUCAAAAAGCGAAAUUUCCAAGGUGGCAGAUUUAAUAUUAUUUUUAGAUGCGCGCGCACAAGUUUUGGAAGCAAUCGAGUCGUCAAGAAACAUUUCUAAAAUCGGUGAUCUUGUUCCGGAAAACAAAAAUGAUAAUCGAAAAAAUAAAAUUAACAAAAACAAUAGCGCUUCCACUUCUUUAGUCUCUAUGUCAGAGAUAAAAUGUUAUGCGUGCGAUUUGUCACAUACGAUCUACAAAUGCCCUUCAUUUUUAUCAUUAGCGGUAGCCGAUCGAAUAAAAAGGGUCAACGAACUAGGACUCUGCAAGGUAUGUUUGCGCAAACACGACGUUAAACGCUGUCUGUCGCGUAACAAUUGUUAUAAAUGUCAUAAAGCACACAAUACAUUACUACAUUUAAUUAUUCCACAAAAAUAUAAUGAAAAAAAAUCGAAUGAGACUUUAAAUCAACAGGCAGUAAGUACGUCGACUAGCGCGCACGCGUCGAGCAUCGACCACGAGAACGUAAUUCUAUCAACGGCCGUCGUGCGAGCGAUAGGAAAGUGCGCAAUAUCAAUAUUAUGUCGAUCAUUAUUGGACUCGGGAUCACAAAGCAAUUUUAUAACGGAAGAAAUAGUUCAAGCUUUGAAAUUAAAAAAAAUAAAGACGACUCAUCAAGUAAACGGUAUAGGUUCCGUAACGCAACACGUGCAUUCGUACGUACACGCACGCUUCGAGUCCCGUUUUAGUGACUACAAUUUUUCAUUAAAAAUGUUAGUAGUUCCAAAAAUUACGGGUGAUUUACCGACAAAAAAUAUAACCAAUUUAUGUGGUAUACCGGAAAAUAUUAAGUUAGCCGAUCCGUCAUUCCAAGUUCCACAGAAGAUAGACAUUUUAAUUGGCGCUACACACUUUUACGACUUAUUGGGUGAUCAAAAAAUAAAACCGCAUUGUAACGGCCCGAUAUUUCAAGAAACAAAAUUAGGCUGGGUUGUAUCGGGGCCGGUGUCGAGUUUAGAACGUAAAACUGAAACGACAAUAAUUAGUACCGCACAUCAUGCUACAUCGACACACACAGAGCCAAUAUUAGAAAAUAUUUUACCAUGUUUUUGGCGUAUGGAAGAAGUCAAAAUCGAUACUCCAUUCACCACGGAAGAAAAAAUAUGUAAAAAAUAUUUUGACGACACUGUGGCGCGCGGUAAGGACGGACGCUUCAUUGUACACCUACCAUUUCGUAAUAAUAAUUUAAAAAUAGGAAAUUCAUAUAAUAUCGCCAAACGUCGUUUUUUAUCUUUGGAGCGGCGACUUGAAAAUAACACAGAGUUAAAAAAUGAAUAUGUUAAAUUCAUUAAUGAAUAUAAAGAGCUAGGACACUUGGAACAAAUAUUCGACGACCAAUAUGUCAAUAAUGUUAAUACGUGUUAUUUGCCGCAUCACGCAGUGGUGAAAGAGUCUAGCACAUCGACGCGGGUGCGAGUAGUCUUCGACGCGUCGUGUAAAUCCGAUAACGGCGUAAGUCUAAAUGACUUGUUAUUAAAAGGUCCAGUUCUUCAAGAUGAUUUGUUAUUCAUUCUCACACGAUUUCGUACACAUAACUAUGUCUUAUCAGCCGAUAUCAUAAAAAUGUACCGACAGUUUUGGAUAACGGAUGAACAUCGUAGUUUUCAACGGAUACUAUGGCGAGAGGAUCCAAACGAGCCAAUUAAAAUAUUUCAAUUAAAAACUAUUACGUACGGAACAGUACCCGCAUCGUUUUUAGCGACCGGUUGUCUUGGUAAAUUAGCGGAAAUGAUACACAACACGAAACCCGAAGUUUCUGCCGCGAUAGUCCGUGAUUUUUAUAUGGACGAUUUUCUAGGAGGCGCCGACACGUUAGAAGCAGCGAUGCAACUACGGGACGGACUCAUCGAGGUUUUAGGUUCGGCGGGAUUAAAAUUACAAAAAUGGUCAUCAAAUAAUAUUAAUUUGAUUUCGGACCUAUCGACCGAUGUAAAUAACUAUGGUAAAAAUAUCGCCACACACGAAAAUAUUGAUAAUGCGAUAACCAAAAUACUCGGACUAUAUUGGAGUUCUAAUGCGGAUACGUUACAAUUCGAAGUACACGAAAAACACCUCAAAAAUAGUGAACAAAGUACGAAGCGCGAAAUACUGUCAAAAAUAGCGUGUUUAUUCGACCCACUUGGAUUGAUCGGACCAGCUAUUAUUCGCGCUAAAUUAAUUUUACAACAGCUAUGGCUGUUGAAAGUGCAAUGGGACGAACCACUUCCAACAAGUAUUCAGAACGAAUGGAAAGCUUAUAGAACGUCAUUAAUAUCAUUAAAUAAUUUAGUUGUGCCCCGUAAAAUAAUGGGCGAUGGCAAAAUAAUCAAUGUUCAAAUUCAUGGUUUCGCCGACGCAAGCAUAGAAGCAUACGGGUGUUGCUUAUUUUUACGAAGCACUAACUCAGAUGGCGUACAUACGUCCAAGUUAAUAUGCGCAAAGUCGAAAGUCGCGCCACUCAAGGUCGUAUCACUACCUCGCUUAGAGUUAUGCGCCGCGGUACUACUGGCGAGAUUAGCAAACAGAGUCAUCCCAAAAAUGCAAUUAGGCGUCACCAAAAAUUAUUUUUGGUCCGACUCAAACAUAGUGCUAGCGUGGAUAUCGUCUCAGUCGACAAGGUGGCGUACGUUCGUUGCCCAUAGAGUGGGAGAAAUACAAGAAAAAACAUCGGUAGCCGAUUGGGCUCAUGUUGAUACGAAAGACAAUCCAGCGGACAUUAUUUCUAGAGGUUGUUGUCCGUCAAAAUUAACCAACAUGCCGUUGUGGUGGUACGGUCCCGAUUGGUUAAUAAAAGACGAAAAAGAUUGGCCCAAAUCAAAUGAAAACGAAAAAGAUUUAAAUAUAGAAAUACCUGAAGCUCGGUCAGUGACCUUGUCUGCCGUCGACGUAAUGCCGCAAUAUCCGUCAUUGAUAAACCGGUUUUCAUGCGUAAAUAAAUUAAUACGUAUCGUAGCAUACUGUUUACGUUUCGUUUAUAAUAGCUCGCGUAAAAAUUCAAAACUCGACGGCGUACUUAGUGUGGAAGAAGUAAAUAGGGCACGAACAUCAAUAAUAAAAUGUAUACAAAAGGAAGCAUUUUCACAAGAAAUUAGAGAUUUGACCAAUUUAAACAAAAUAGCGGUAUCAAGCAAAUUGUUUCCACUAUGUCCGUUUUUAGACGAAGAUAAUGUUUUACGUGUAGGGGGAAGACUGAGAAAUGCCACUACGUUAGACGUACAGCAACGUUAUCCAAUCGUGUUGCCGGCGAAGUGUCAUUUUACACGAUUAAUAUUUAAGUACGAACAUGAGCGAUGCAUGCACGGCGGUCCGCAGGCAACACUAUGUUCGGUACGAUCGAGAUACUGGCCAUUAAACGGACGAAAUUUAGCCAGAAGUAUAAUACACGAAUGCAUAACGUGUUAUCGUUAUAAACCGGUAGUCGUACAGCCAAUUAUGGGUAAUUUACCCAUGGAACGAGUAGAACCGACGCGCGCAUUUUUACGUUGUGGUAUUGAUUAUGCUGGUCCUUUUAUGAUUAAAACAAGUAUGCGCCGAAAUGCUCCAUUAGUAAAAGGGUAUGUAUGUAUUUUUGUUUGCUUUUCAACAAAAGCAGUACACAUCGAAUUAGUCGGAGAUCUGAGUACAACAGCAUUUAUCAACGCACUAAAUCGAUUUUUUGAUCGACGAGGAAGAAGCACAACUAUUUUUACCGAUAACGCGACUAAUUUUGUUGGAGCAAACCGUAAAAUGAAGGAAUGGAGCGAUCUAUUUAACUCGGAACAACAUAAAAAAAAGGUACAAGAAGCUUUAACAGACGUUGGUGUUCAAUGGCGUUUUAUACCCCCGCGGUCGCCGCACUUUGGCGGAUUAUGGGAGGCAGCCGUCAAGUCGAUGAAGCAUUUACUACAGAAAACUGUAGGAAACGCUCACUUACUUUUUGAGGAACUUAGUACUGUGCUCACGCGCGCCGAAGCCUGCCUAAAUUCUCGACCUAUUACUCCUAUGUCAUGUGACCCAAAUGACAUAUCCUUUUUGACCCCAGGUCAUUUCCUUAUAGGCGACUCACUCUUAUCUAUACCAGAACCCGACUUGUCAAAUAUACCGACAAGUCGCUUGACGCGAUGGCGAAAGGUAACACAAUACUCGCGAACUAUUUGGCAAAAAUGGAGUCGUGAGUACUUGAAUCAGCUCCAAGAGAGAAAGAGGUGGGCUGGUGCCAAGGGACCUAAACUAGAAGUGGGCACUGUAGUAUUAAUACGAGAAGAUAACAUCCCUCCGUUAAAAUGGCGUUUAGGUCGAGUUAUAAAAAUUACUGCUGGCAGUGACGGGGUGGUGCGAGUCGCUGAAGUCCGCACGUCGACAGGUACCUUGGAUCUUCAAGACACGACUAUAUUCUACGGGGAAUGUAAUGAUCGAAGACAAUUUGGAACGGGUUUUGCUGUACACAAAAGUAUAGUUCCUUUGGUUACAGAAUUUAAAAGUACUAACCCUAGGAUAUCAAUAUUGACGAUUAAAGGGAAAUUUUUUGAUAUCACUUUCCUGAAUGGACACGCACCUACGGAGGAAAAAACACCAGAAGAAAAGGAUGAAUUUUAUGAGAAUCUGGAACAAGCCCUAAAUGAAAUCCCCCGAAAUAGAAUAAGGAUAGUCUUAGGCGAUUUUAAUGCCAAAUUGGGAAAGGAAAACAUAUUCAAAUCAACCAUUGGUAAUCAUAGCAUGCAUGACAUAACUAGUGAAAACGGACUUAGACUUAUCGACUUUGCGAGUGGGGGAGGACUUGUUGUGAAAAGCACAAUGUUCCCACGCAAAGAUAUCUACAAGGGGACUUGGAAAGCGCCUAAUGGUAGAUACACUAAUCAAAUAGACCAUGUUAUGAUAAACACAAGGUUUAAAAACUGUAUACAGGAGGUGAAAACAGUCAGAGGAGCCGACUGUGAUUCGGACCACUACCUGGUAAAAGGAAAACUAAAUGUGAAACUAAAAAAUUGGGAGUUAGGAAAGGUACAAUGGUGGACAGAUAUGAAGUAA